GGAACGGUGGCGGUGCGGCGGAACGCCCGCCCGGAGCGCUGAGGCUGCGGCACCGCGGCGCCGGAAGCAGGAUCGCUCGUCAUGCCAAAGUUACGAAAACCUCAAGGAGGGAAGCAGGAGAAAAAAGCUAUCCAUCCCUACAGCAGAAAAGCUGCACAGCUUGCAAGGGAAGUACACAAACAGGAAAAGAAAGAAAAGUUGAAGACUGACAAAGCUUUACGUUUAAGUAUUAUUGGAGAAAAACUGCAAUGGUUUCAAAGUCACCUUGACCCCAGUAAAAUUGAAUAUACGAAGAAGGAAGCUGGUGAACUAAUUGAAAAUUAUAUGUGUCGAUUCAAUGCUGAAUUGGAGCAGAUUGAAUUACAAAACAGUAUUAAAGGCAGACAAGGAAGACAGCAUGGUUCACGGGAAUCUGUCAUCAAGCAGACCAUAGAACGUGAAAGACAGCUCUAUGAGGGCUAUGGAAUAGAAAUCCCAGACAUUAUGAACAGAAAGCAUCUUAAAUUUUUCAGAGAAUGGGAUGGUGAUCUAAGGAAACUGCCAAACAUCAAAAUGAAAAAGCUCUCAGCUAGGGAUGCUGCCUGCAGUCACCCUGAGGUGACAGAUUCAGAAGCAAAAGAAGACUUGAAUGAAGAGGAAGAGGUGGGCCCUGACGAGCACCAGCUAAUUCAAGAGCUGAAAUAGUGAAGGAAAUUCACUUGUAGUGUGGCAAACACUACGGCUUACUCUGCAAGGAAGAAGCAAUACUGUCUGUGUCAAACUGGCAUGACCUCCGCUGUCGCCUCUUCCGCCGCCAGCUGAGAGUUUGUACCUGUCUGUGCUACGGGCACCACCACUGCAUCCUUCACCUCCGAGGGCUGAGUGCAUGGAGAGCUCUUCUCCUCCAGUUUUUUCAUGGUGUCUGGGCAGUUCUGAACAAAGAUCACUCUGUUGUAGGCUUUCAACCUGCGCCAGAGCUGGACGUAAACCUUACACUGCACAUACAUGAAGACCAGGCCUCCUGUGGGCCAUUCGAGGACACCUUUGAAAUAGAAAAUUCAUGUUAUACAGUGAGUAUUGAGGACUGGGUUUCAGUAAUGUAUAUUGAAAAGAAGCCACUUGCUAAGAAUGCCUGGGUAUGUCCACACUAUUAGGGCGGUUGUGGCUAUAGAAAAUAGGUUUUCUAUUCCAUAAGCAGGCCAAGAAACUGCCUAUGGAAUAGGAAACUACUUCCUACUUUUAACUGAUUUGGCCACCACUUGACCAAAUAAAAAACUCAAUUUCUUUCAGGAUUUCUUUCACCUUUUAACAUUAAAGAUAGGCUGCUACUGCUUUUGUGUCAAUACAGGAAGUCUUUCUUUAUUAACUGGUAUGGGACAGAGAGUUUUGUAUCUUUCAUUUUUUUCCAGGAUUGCCAUGUUUUUCAGACUUGAGCCUUAUCAGAAGAAGGAAAGGUCAGUUGAACCUAGACCAGUUUCUUCAAGCAGAAUAAAUUUAUGUGAAGCUUGAUUCCCUACUGCUGGUGCCACAUAAAUUCUAGAAUAUUUUAAAUUGGGUUUUCUAUAAACCAGUGCCAGGUUUAGCAAUUAAAGAGUUUGCAUUGCAGGCUUCCCUAAAGAGAAAAAAAUCCCAACGCUUUAAAUAAUUUGAGACAACCAUUUAAAAUGGGAUUUUAAAACUCAGCAUAUUAACAAACAAUACUACUAUUAUUCAGGGCUUUCAAUUUUUCUCCUUCUCAAAAUAUGCUUAUAGAGUGGUUUUUUUUCCCAGUGCUUACCGUCUUUGUCUUAGCAAUUCCCAUUUAAAGAGAGAAAAUGGAGAAGAAAGCAAACUAUAUAUAUGUCCUUCUUACUCCCCACAAAUACAUACUCAUUUUUGUACAAGUACUCUCCCCUGCAACAAGCAAAUUUUGGGGCAAAAUCAUUCUCUUCGCACUUCUGCAUGUUGUAAGUAACUCCAGGCAUUCUCUGUCCAUUUUUUAGUGUCAGCCAUUACAUUUGGCAAAUACUGAAUGCUAUAAAAAUCAUAAAUACUUUUUGAGCCUACCAGGAAUAAUUAACAUGACUUCUGCAUUAUGUUUAACAACAAAAAUCCCUGUUAUCUGUUUUGUUAUUUAAAUUCAGCUAAUCUACAGAAAUAGCCUCCCCCUUGUAAUGUGUAGAGUGAUGUAUUUGUACUCAGAAUUUCAAAGCCAUUCCUAGUCCUGUCCUCUGGGCCAGGUUUUUUGAGAUUUAAAAAACAAGGUUACCCAUUUUUAAAGAAUGCAAAACAAGACUUUGUAGUGUGUAUUCAUCUGUGACUUACUGAGGCUUGUUGCUUAUUUUCCUCUCUGAGGCAAGAAAGGCAAGCAUGAGGAGUAUCAUCAAAUAUUUAUCUAACUAGCAAGGCACAAAGCUCCACCUGUUUUGUUUUCCAUGAAUAUAACAAAGCUAGAGACCUUUGUUCCUCUAGGGUGCUUAAAUUCAAUUCAGAUCAAAACUCAAAAGCUUUUUAUCAUCAUGAUCACAUUUAAGACCAAAUUUAAGACCAAAUAAACUUAGAUUUAAAAUGGAACACAGUAGUUAAAUUUAGGGUAUAUUUUCCAUACAUGCUAAGUAUGGCUCCUACUGACAUUAGGCAUGCAUUUUGUUACACAUGUCCAAUUGGAUUUUCAGAAUCUCUGCAGAUGAAGACUCCAUGACUUCUCUGUUCCAGAGAAUAAAUACAGCUGGGACAUGGACAUUCACAGUGAAAUUGUAUUUGAAAGGAUACAGGAAUGGCUUUCCAUGCUAUUCAAGUCCCACAUGAAGGACUAACAAAACUGGAAAACAGUCUCUUGGAAGAUUGUAUUAGGAGGGUUGUUAAUGAAGAGGCUCUAUUGUACUCCCUAUCAAGGCUCAGGUGAUUAAUAUAAAGAAAUUGCUAUUUAAGGAGCUGAACUUGCACUGAGCUGUUUGAACUUGACUCAUCUUUUUGCCUGAGCUUUAGAAUUACCUAGAUAAUGGGAGAUUAACCCAGGCAGGCUAGUUAAGCUGUUGUAAUGAUUGCACCAAGUAGAGAUCUCUCUGCUGGGGCACAAGGUAAGAUUUUCAUACUGACGCAUUCAGAAGUUCUGCAUUAAAGCCUUUGCUGUAGGCACGUGAGCUGGUAUUUAAGAACAGAAUGUGACUGAUGACAGAGCUGCCUGGCAAAGCCAGGCACUGCAUUAUCAGCACCACUGAAGAAGGUAAAAGAAACUUACCGUUAUCAUUGCCUUGUUUAAUUUCUUCAGCGGUUCUGUCAAUUAAAACAUACAAUGACCAAACAACACAGGUAAUUGCAAUUAUAUGGAAUGUGACUGAACACACAAUUUUUCUCCUCUCACUUGUUGUCAUCUGUAAUUUCUCCCACUG